CAUUUGUCCUCUGACUCGUCUUCUUCGAAGGAAUCUGAUCAACGGCGACGACAAUCUUCCAACACAUGGCAAUCAAGGGUUGGAUCUUGGGAGAUGUCCACUUGGAUGGUGAGGGACACAUGUGUCGAAACACAGGAAAGGAGGGGGACAUGGCACAUGUGGUUCAUCAGCAGCCCCAAACAGGGGUCCUCUGCUUUUCUGGGGCUUAUAAAUACCUCAAUACGUAUCUUCAUCGACUGCAUAUCUCCGAAUUUAAAUCUUUCACGUACUUUUGUGCAAAUCUUAUCCAUCCCUUGCUCUGAUUUUCGAGGUCGCGGCGCGUUAAGAGAUAACUACAAUCAAGGAGCUGUCUUGUUCGUUGUUUGACAAAGAAAGUAAUGGAGAACAGGAAGGAAGUCGGUGGCUCUACCACUUCUUCCUCUUUGGAUCAUCUCUUUGGUCCUAAGGACUCUUCUUCGUCUUCCACAAGUGGGAUACUAGGAUCGAUUUUCCCACCACCUUCAGUGAAGCAUGGAAGGGAAUCAGGUCACAGUGGAAUCAUGGGGUCGCAUUAUCAAGGUGGGACUGGGAAAUCAGGAAGUUCAGGGAAUACAACUGAUAGGAAAGGGGAAAGCAGUGGGACAGCUAGGAGUAGUUCUGUUUAUCAGAAUGAAUCGACAGAGCCUUGCUAUUUGAGCUCUUCAAUCUACUAUGGAGGCCAAGAAAACUACUCUCCACGGAAGAAGACCACAGAAUCCUCCCAGUCUUUCAAGAAAGAUGAGGGAGAUGACGAUCCCAACGGAAACAAUUCCAACAGUGCUUCAAGAGGGAACUGGUGGCAGGGGUCUCUUUACUACUAAAACAUCCAAAAUGAUACAAAUUACCCAUCUAAAUAUCAUAUGUAAGGAACAGUGGUUUCAUGGUAUUUUGGAGAAUAAUAAGUAGAGAAUACAGAGAGAGAUAGAGACAGGACUUGUGGAAGCAUGUUGGGUUCUUUUUGUCCCAACUAUUUCGACCUUAGCACGUCUUAACUAAUGAUAUUUAAGGGGUGUUGUAGAAAUCACUCUACCUGAAAUAUUGUACUUUUAUGUUAUCUUUUUGUAUGACUAACCUAAUUCUCCUUGUAAUGAAAACAGUCCCUGGGGUUUUCUCCCCAGAAGUAAUAUAGCUAUUAACUAAAU